AUGUCUUCCGCAGGUAUAUCUACUGCCCAACUGGCCGUUCAUGGAGAUGCUAGCCAGUCAGUCUCGACAAAGGGUAAUUUGGAAUUGCCUUCUGUCAAACAGAUUCUCUCAGAUCUACCGGAGGUUUCUUUCUCUUUACCACCCCGUACGGCAACCAUUGACCCAGAAGAACAACAGGAGAUGUUCCGUGGAUUACAAGAGAUCAUUGAAAAGGCCCAGGACGUUGGAAAUAGCUUCGAUCUCAAGGAGCUCCAUGCAUCUCUUGAAGAGGCCGAUGCAAACGAAAAACGCGGCCGACGGGACGCCGAGACCCUGCAAACCGUGAGGGCUACUCUGCAAAAACUCUGGGAUUGUAACUCCGAAUACUUGGUUCAAGCCGCUGAGGUCAUUGCAAAUGGUAGCAGAGAUCCUUCAUGGCGUGCUCCAUUUGGCCAGUCGGGUGUUUUGAACUUUUUCCUGGAUGUGGUUUCUUUCAAGGGCCAACUCGAUACCAGCUUGUUGCUUCACUCUUUGCGAGUGAUUGGAAACUCCUGUGCCGAUAUAGAUGAGAACAGGGAGAUUGUUGUCAACGGAAACUAUACCCUUGCUAUCAUUAGAUACUUCCUUGAUCCAGAUUUGGUUUUUGUUGCCAUUCCUGUUAUCUACAACAUUUGCAUGGAUUACAAACCAGCACAUGCUCAGAUGGCUGCUAAUCGGACAGCUUACAUCUUAUUAAAGUUGAUCAAAGAUGGAGAGAUCGAAGACAAUGAGGCUCUACUUCAUUUCUCAUACGACUUGAUUGAGUUGGCCUCGGAGCAAGCCGAAGGCAUUGAGCACUCUCCCGACGGCACAAUUCUACUGUUGAUGGAGCUUGCCAUUGACAAAACUCUUGAUUUUGCGCAUUUCUCAUCAUUGGCAACUUCUCUUGCUGCUUACCUGGAGAAGGAGAAGUUCCAGAAUAUCUGUGUGUCGAACGGAUUGGUGGAAGGCGUGUUGGACGUCCUGAGACAUUCAUUUUCCAUUGUGAUAGACCCUUCUUUAAGCGAAGACAUUAAGGCUCUCGCGCAGCUCCGCCUCAAAAUUAAUCAGGCCUUGGCCGAGGUAUCAGCGUCACCAUUGUUUGCCCAGUACUACCCCCUUGACUCUCCUCUUUCACAGACAUUGAAGUCAUGGGUGGUUGCAACCGAAGAUCAACUUCAGAUCUGCGCCUGUGUCAUGCUUGGAAAUCUCGCCCGGUCCGACGAUGUAUGCCAGGUGAUGGUCCGGGACCUCAAAAUCCACGAAGAAUUGAUAUCCGUUCUCAAGAGCGAUGCCCGUGGUGCGGUCCUGCACUCUUCGCUUGGUUUCCUGAAGAACCUUGCAAUUGCCGGCGACAACAGAGCCAUUCUAGGGGAAGCUGGUAUCAUCCCUGCCAUUUCGCGAUUAUGGGCAUAUGAUUCUGUUCCGCAGGUUCAAUUCUCGGCUGCAAGUAUUGCGCGACAAGUGAUUAUCUCUUCGAUGGUUAAUAUUUCCCAUCUUCUGGCUCCUCUCUCACAAGAUCUUGAUUCUCCAGCUCACCAACGGACCUAUCUUUCUCUGCUCCUGUCUCUUUUUGAGAAAACAGACUCCACACCAAUCAAGACUGAAAUUGGACGGACAGUUGCUUCUAUCUGUCGGACUGUUAGCCCCAAAGCUCGCGAUGGAGAUGAAGAAGCAACGGCCUUGCUUGACCGGCUGUACACCCUGCACGAGGGUGUUUCGCUACCAGUAGGUGCGAUGAUUACACAAACUCAAUGGCCUGUCGUUCGCAGUGAAGGCUGGUUUGCUCUGGCUCUGAUGGCGACUAACAAACUCGGCUGUGCCGCCGUUGUGGACUGCUUGCACAAGACGGAGGUUACCGAGUUACUCAAGACGACCUUAGCCGGGGCCGUUCCCAAUGAAGAUAAGGCCGAGGAAAAAGACGAGUUGAAAGAGACCAAAGACCGUGACAACGCUUUUGUGCUUGUGCAAGGACUGUUGACGAACGAGUCCGGUGCGCUUCCUGUCGGCUAUAGAAACUUGCUGGAAGACUUGGUGAAGGUCAAUGCCUCACAGUUGAAGGCUGCAAUAGAUGCUUAA